AUGCUAUAUUUAACUAUAUUAGGAUUGUUUGUACAUCUAGUGGCAUGCUUUCGAGCUCCGGAGAUUGAAAAUAAUCUAGAAGCAUAUUUGGAAGCUCCAUGGCUGUUAGUUCCAUUCAAACUUCGCUUAAUUGAAAGUAUUGCAUCAUAUAAUGAAUCUUUAUAUUUGCCAGUGGUAUUACUGGUGCUUGGAAUACUGUCAGAUUCAGACGAAAUUGAAAUAUUUGAAAAUGACGUGAAUGAAGUCUCGGAUCAUGAGUUAUACACUAGCGUUUUUGAAUCAUUAAAUAUAGAUAUUCGCUCGAAAUCAUUCGUUGACAUUUCUCUUGCCAAUCAUGUCUACAGUCCCCGUGUCGAAGCACAUUUUUAUCAUUAUAGACAAUUGAUAAAUAAAUAUGACUUCUCUAAGAGGUUAUUUAAAGAGUGUUCAAUAGAUUCAUUUGGAAAACAGAUCCUAAAUGCAGAGUCAGAUAAGAUUGAUGCGUGGGUUCUUUUUAACGACAAAAUAUACUGUUCUCCUGAAGAACUUUACGCAUUAAACUCAUUCAAAAAGAAGCCCUCGAUGUAUGUUGACUCAAUAGAUAGACCGAUUGGAUGGAAUGAUAAAGCCCCAUUAUUGACACUUUAUGGUGAUGUGAACUCCCACAAUUUUGCUGAAAUGUUUAUGCAUCUUUAUCGGAGUUCCAAUGAGGGUCUUGUAAGAUUCGUUUGGAGGUACAUUCCAAGUUUCGCCACAAGUGAGUUUGAGCGUCUUACAGGCUACGGCGCCGAAUUGCGACUCAAAGAUUCUCACACGUACGUCGAUGAAACUGAAAACGAUAAAAGCUUGAAUCAUCUCAAGCUAAAUGAAAAUUUUUGGGAGAUAUCCUUCUCUUCCGAGGUAAAUCGUAUUUCUAAAGAUAAGUGGAAAAGCGUAGGCUUGAAAUUAGCCUCUUUGGUACUUUCUAAUAAUUGGAUCAAUGUAACUCAGUUUGAACUCCUUAGACACUUUCUUCAAGACCUUCCAAAGUUUGCAUAUUAUAUUGCAAACUCGGAGCCAUCAAAUACCUUGCAGGUGGAGUCAGCAUUAAAGUAUAACGAGGGUAUAGGCUCAUCAGAAAUGACAUUAGGACUAUAUGUCAACGGAUCUCCUGUGAAUAAGCUUGAACUCGAUAUAUUUGAGAUAAUUUCUAAAAUUAAGAAUGAAGAAGCGAUUAUUAAUGAGUUGUGUUCUUUAGGGCUAUCUGUUACUCAAUCAAAACAUCUAAUUUACAAAUUUGCCUUACUCAGUGCUGUUAAGGAAAACAAGUUCCGGAACGGUAAUGCGGCUAUGUUGGGUAAUCAUAAUAGAUUUAAAAUUUACGAGGAUGAAUUCACAUCUGAUAAAAAGAGAGGUGGUGUGGUGUUUUUCAAUGAUAUAGGCAAAGAUGAUAACUAUGCAAUGUACUCUGAGGAUCCUUUCGAUGUAUAUUUGAAUUUUGCAUCUAGAAUGGCACAGGGCCGAAUUCCACCAUUAAGACUGAAUGUACAUGAUCUUAUAUUUGUUUUAAACUUAGGAAACAAAGAACAAUUGAGAGUUUUUUUUACGCUCUCAAAGAUGAUUUUGGAUCAAGGCAUUCCACAGCAAGUAGGUUUAGUUCCUCUCAUAGGGGAAGAUCCUAACGAUAGACUAUUAGCUGAUCGAUUUUACUACCUUGUGGAAAAAGCCUCAAAAACGGAAGCUCUAGCUUUGUUAUAUAAGUAUUUUGAAUCUAAAAACAGCGAGGAUGCUGAAAAGUUGAUUUACUCUGUUGUUUCGGAACGAGAAUAUAACUUUACUGAAAUAUUUUCGAAGACUUUAAAAAAGUUUUCACUUCAAACUCCAAGUGUAAUUCUCAAUGGGGUUAUAUAUGACCUUAGAUCUCCAAACUGGCAAGCACAAAUGAAGACACAGAUGGCAGAGGACGUUAAAAGCUUGCGUCAGUAUUUAUCACAUACUUCUGAAUCUCAUAUAUCCUUAAAAGAAGCAUUAUAUCAUAACGCCAACACCGAAAGAAACACAAGAAUUAUACCUUUAGAUCCAAAUGAAGCAAAGUACAUAAAAUUGUCAAAAGAACUAACAAGUAUUUCUACUCCGAUCAAAUUCAGUAAUCUGAAAAGUGCGGACGGCACAGUUUGGUUGGUAGGGGACUUCAGGGAUCAGAGUAUGAAAAAUCAGCUAAUCACAAUUAUAACCUCUAUUGAAAGCUCUAAGUACAGUUUGAAGUUACGCUUAAUUGACACCGGAAAUUCGGAAGUGUUGAGCACAUUAGGGAAGCAGUUUGAAUUGAAUAACUUGAAGACUGAAGAAGUAAAGUUGAUGGAAAACUACUUCCAAAAUUACUCCGACGAUACUAAAUCGAAUGAAGUGCCAUCAGGAGUCUUGAAUGCACUAAGAAAUGCCAACAUCCCGUUGAAUGCCCGAUUUGCUCUAUUCAACAGUCGCUAUAUUGAUUUAGCUUCACCACUUUCGGGCAACGAUUUAAAACUUCUUUUCGACUUCGAAAUAUUUCAAAGAUUAAGUAUAAUUGACGAAAUUAUAUUAUCUUAUCCCAGGGUGUUCGACAAUAAGUCUAGAGAAGAACUCAAUAAUGCUUCGAUGGAUGAUUUUGAUUGGCUUGAUCUCUGCUCGUCUCUUCUAUCGAAAUCCUUCCAUUUUGAUGAUAUGGCUUUUUACCCAGAUGUUGCAAGGUAUGACUUUUCUUCUCUCAACAUGUCAAAUUCCUUUUUAGCAUCAGCAAGAAAAACCGAGAAUAAAGUCGACAUUCUUUUGAUUAUGGAUCCUGUUGAUGAGUAUUCUCAGAAGAUGGUGUCAAUAUGCUCUGCAAUUAUGGAUAUUCCUUUUGUUGGUGUUAGGAUUUUAUUUCAACCUAUUUCCUCUACUGACAGCAACUCCUUACCUAAUAGAUUUUACAGAGGCCUCUUUCCCUCGCGGCCCAAGUUUGGACCUGAUGGAAGAAUUAUCGAGAACCAUUCUGUGGACUUUGAUAAUGUCUCAGAAACCAAUUCUUUUUCUUUGGAUCUUGAUAUUCCAAACGCUUGGACUAUUUCGCUAAAGAAUAGCCCUGAUCAGCUUGAUUUGAAUCAUAUUCAGUUUCAGGAAGAAAAACUGAUAACGAUUGGCUUUUCAUUGAGGAGUUUAUUGAUCGAAGGAAAUGCGAAGGAAAUCACUGCUAAAUUCAAUCCCGCAGGUUUGAUAUUACAAUUAUCAAAAGAUGACAUUAUGAAAGAAACCACUGUUAUGUCCAAUUUGGGAUAUUUUCAAUUCUCUGCUUUGCCAGGUGUUUGGAAGCUAAGUUUAAGUUCAGGCAAAAGCAGAGAGCAUUUCUCAAUUCUAUCAACUUCUGACAAGAAUCUGUGGGUUGAUGAAAAUCCCGUGAAUGAUAUUUCUUUGUCUAUUACAGAUCUUAAAGGGUCUCAUAUUUUGUUAAUGGUAAAGAAAAAUGCAGGAUUUAAAACCAUAGAUCUUCCAGGGUAUGAUGAGAGUAGCUCAUCAUUUGUUCGUUACUUUUUUAAACCUUGGGGGAGAAAAGUCGAGCAAAAUAGACAAGCAGAUGUGAAUAUUUUUACCAUAGCUAGCGGUCAUGCUUACGAAAGGCUCGUGGCGAUCAUGAUUGCUUCUAUCCGCGAACACUCUGAUAAAACUUUGAAGUUUUGGAUUAUCGAGGACUUUCUUUCUCCUCAGUUUAAAGAAUUGAUUCCUGAUUUAGAGGCACGCCUAGGGGUAGAGAUUGAGCUAAUAAGCUAUAAAUGGCCCAAAUGGCUAAGAUAUCAAAAAGAAAACCAUAGAGUAAUAUGGGGAUAUAAAAUUUUAUUUCUUGAUGUGUUAUUCCCUCCAUCAUUGAAGAAAGUUAUAUUCGUCGAUGCAGAUCAGAUUUCUCGUGCAGAUGUUGGAGAAUUAUUGGACAUUGAUUUGGAAGGAGCAGCAUACGGGUUUCCUCCUAUGUGUGAUUCGCGGCAGGAAAUGGAGGGUUUUAGGUUCUGGAAAAGUGGUUACUGGUCUGAAGUCUUGCAGGAUGACUUGAAAUAUCACAUCAGUGCAUUGUUUGUCGUAGACCUCGUGAAAUUCAAACAAAUAUCAGCAGGAAAUAGGUUGCGAUCCCACUACCAAAAGUUAUCUUUUGAUCCUGCGUCCCUUGCUAAUUUGGAUCAAGAUCUCCCUAAUAAUAUGCAAAGAAAUAUAAAGAUAUUCACCUUACCUCAAGAUUGGCUCUGGUGCGAGACAUGGUGCUCAGACGAAUCUCUUUCAAGAGCAAAGGCAAUUGAUCUAUGCAACAACCCAACAUCCAAUGAGAGCAAGAUCGAUAAAGCUAAGAGAUUGUUACCUGAGUGGAAACAUUAUGAAGCUAAAAUUCAGUCUAUCAUAGAUACAAAAGAUGAAAUUAGCGUAAGUUCACUGAGUGUUACCACUAAGAUUCGGAGCUCAGGGCCCGAUAUCAAGAGCACAGAUAUAAGUGAAGUUGCCUUUGAUAAUUACGAUGAACUAUAA